GGCUGCUUGCGGAGCAACUCUGACGGGGCUGGAGCCGGCGCUACUCAGCGCCUCUCCCCGCUUUUGCAGGUUCGGGUCUCCGCGGGGGUCAAUCUGCGAGGUCAGAGCAGGCUGGGACAGGUUCCCCGGCCACGGGAAGACGCCGCGGGGUGGGGAUGAGGGUGGAGACUUGACCAGCAAGGCGAAGCCCGGGCCGGGAUCACAAUCCCGGCCGCCGGCAUGGACACGGCACCCGAGCCCGACGGGCACUACCAGUACCGCGUGCUGGUGCUGGGGGACGCGGCGGUGGGCAAGUCGUCGCUGCUGCGCUGCUACGCCGAGGGCCCGGGGGCGGCGGGGGGGCCCGCGCCCUGCCCCACUGUCGGCGUGGAUUUCUACAGCCGCACGGUGCGGCUGCCGCCGGCCGGCCGGGCCAAGCUGCAGCUCUGGGACACGGCGGGCCAGGAGCGCUUCAGGUCCAUCACCAGGUCCUUCUACCGGAGCGCGGCCGGCGCGCUGCUGGUCUUCGACGUCACCAACCGCGCGUCCUUCGAGCACGUCACCGAGUGGUACCACGAGGCGGCGGGCGGCCGGGCCGCCGGCAAGGUGGCCUUCGUCCUGGUGGGCCACAAGUGCGACCUGGCGGGCGAGCGCGCGGUGUCGGCCGAGGAGGCCGGGCGGCUCGCCGCCUCGCUGGGCAUGGCCUUCGUGGAGACCUCCGCCAGGAGCAACCUCAACGUGGAGCUGGCCUUCGAGACGGUGGCCGGCCGCAUCCACGAGGCGCUGCGGCGCGGGGCGCUCGCCCCCCACGACGCCUCGGACGGCGUCAAGCUCAUCCCCGGCGAGAGCCGCGGCCGCCCGCCGCAGCAGCGGGAGCCCCGGCGCCGGUGCCGGUGCUGACAGCGGCGCUGGGCUGGCCGGGCUGGGACCCGCCAGCAGCUGGGACGCUGAGGGGGUGAGGGAGCAGCACCCCCAUCCCCAGCGCCACCCGCCAGUGCGGCUCCAUCGGGGCUCCGAGCCUUAAUUUGGGGGCUGUGGAAA